CACACACACUCAUGCACAUGCCUCAUUUUACAGGAAAUUUGCUGAAGGCAAAUGUACAGAAAGAGAGUGAAAUGUUCUAGACUCACUUCCAUGAACACAUGAAACACAUCUUAACAUCAUCUCAGCAACAAGAGUGACAGCAAUUUCUCAUCAUGACUGAAACAUAUACAGACAGCAUGAAUACAGCAUCAUACUAUAUCUACGAAACAGAGGACAUGUGCACGACUGAAGAUUCACACCUGAAUCGACAUCUCAAGGCUGCCAUUUUCUAUGUGGUUUUUGCGCUUGGCCUCAUUGGCAACAUCACCGUCUUAUGGGUCCUCUUGAAAAUCAUGCACGUGAAAAAUAUGACAAAUCUCUGCCUGCUGAAUCUGGCUCUGUCAGACCUACUGAUGGUCCUCUCACUGCCCUCAUGGGCUCUCUAUGCUCAGGGCCACUACAUAAAAGCCAAUGAAAUGUGUAAGGCAAUGGCGGGUACAUACCAAGUGGGAUUUUACAGCGGGAUCUUAUUCGUGACUCUGAUGAGCGUGGAUCGCUAUUUGGUCAUCGUACAUGCCGUUGCAGUGCUGGGAGCGAAGAUGCUGCGAUACGGAAUUGUGGUGAGUGUCGUUAUAUGGAUGGUUUCGAUCUGUGCCGCCCUUCCAGAGGCCAUCUUUGCAGCAAUGGUCACAGAGGACAACAUCACCAGCUGUCAGAGAUUGUAUCCUGUUGGGUCAGCCCAGAAAUGGAAGCUUUUCCGUAACUUUGGUGAAAACGCAGUAGGACUAUUCAUCUCUUUGCCCAUUUUAGCCUACUGCUACAUCAGGGUGCUGAUGGUUGUGAAGAAGACAAAAAACUCAAAAAAGGAACGGGCCAUAAAGCUCAUCUUAGGCAUUGUCAUCGUGUUUGUGGUCUUCUGGGUGCCCUACAAUGUGGUGGUGUUUCUGAAAACCUUGGAGGAGUUUGGCAUUCUAAGUGGCUGCGAGGCUUAUCGUCAUAUCAACAUGGCCAUGGGCUGGACAGAGACAAUCGCACUCACUCACUGCUGUGUAAAUCCGAUCAUUUAUGCUUUUGUUGGAGAAAAGUUUAGGAAAAGCCUAGUAAGUAUGUUUUCAAAAUAUCUUGGAUGUGUGAAGAUUUACCAGUCGACAUCUACACAAUCCAAAAUUUCAGAGAACGAAACUUCCAACACGGCUAUUUUUUUUACAUCUCCCAUCAAAAGUACACAAAUUUAGGUUCGACAAUUUUGUUUCUUUGUAAAUAUUGUGCUAAUCAUUUAAGAUGUCUUUAUUCAUGCGUUGCAACAUAUAAUACAUUUGUUGAUUUCAUGAUGGUAAUAUCAUAUCAAUUAUACUACCUCAAUAAGUAAAACCAAAUGCCAAUGAUAAAAAUGAACCAUCAUACAAACAUGUGAAAUCAUACAAGAAUAUGAAAAGUCUUGCUUCAGGUUGGUGGGGCAAUAGAUGCUUUCUGUCUUCUAGUGUUUAUGAAUAAACUAGUGUUUUACACACUGGCUUAAAAAAUGAACCGAUGCAUUAAAUUGAAUGAAUUUGCAAAUGAUUUAAUGUUACUAAUAUAUCUGUUCCUCAGUAUCCCUAAGGUCUCAUUACAUGACCUGCUAAAAAGUUCAUUACUGUUUCCGUAUAAUAGUUAUUAACCACAGGAAUAGAAAAAAAAACAUCCUUAACCACACACUUCGAAGGCAAAACCAAACACAAUUUUUUUCCCCCCCUUACAUGCUGAAAAAGGAUGUGUGAGUGCAGUAUUGAUAUAGAGGAACUUUACUUUGAAUGUAUUCUUUACUGGAUUGAUGUCUGUAAAUAUUGUGUAUUCCUAAUGUCUGUUACAUUUAAUGCCUAAAUUUCAAAUGCACUGAUACAUAUAAAGAUGUAUAUCAAUAUGUAAAUAAACAAAUAAAUAAAACGAUCAAAAUCUGUUUCAAAAGUAUUUUGUAAUGCUACCGCUUACCACAAGAGCCCUCCCUUACACUUACGGCACUGCAGUCACAUACAUGCCUACUCCUACUUUAGUUUUAAUCAUUGACAAACAGUGUCUCUGUAGCUGUUAUGCUAUUUUAAACGUGUGCAUGCAGAAAUGAACCAUUUACUAAAGUGGCAUAUUACUGUAUCUUGCAGUGAUAAGGUAAAAGUGGCAUAAUAUUUGGACAAUGGAAUUUUAGAUUUUUAGAGACAUUUUAUACACUAUUUUUCAUCUACACUGUCAGCAAAAAUUGUAGCUUUAGGGGUACAACAGCUUGUCACUGGGGUAGUGCCCUCAAAGGGACACCUUUGUAACUUCUCUACCCCAAAAGGCAAGGCAAGGCAAGUUUAUUUAUAUAGCACAUUUCAUACACAAUGGUAAUUCAAAGUGCUUUACAUAAAAGGAAGUGAAAUAGUCAUUAUUAAAAAUAAUAAAAAUCACAACAAUAAAAACAAAGUGAUUUAAAAAUUGAUUUUAAAAGAAUUUAAAACAUUUAAGAAUAGAAAGUGAUUAUACAUAGUGCAAUCAGUUCGGACGUAGCACAGUGCUCAUUCAACAAAUGCACAGCUAAACAGAUGAGUUUUGAGUCUGGAUUUAAAUGUGGCUAAUGUUUUAGCACAUCUGAUCUCUUCUGGAAGCUGGUUCCAACUGCGGGCAGCAUAAUAGCUAAAAGCAGACUCCCCUUGUUUUGUGUGAACCCUUGGUAUUUCUAACUGACUCGAUCCUAAUGAUCUGAGUGGUCUGUUAGGUUUAUAUUCAGUGAGCAUAUCUCCAAUGUAUUUAGGUCCUAGGCCAUUUAGAGAUUUAUAAACGAGUAGAAGUACUUUAAAAUCAAUCCUAAAUGUAACUGGAAGCCAGUGUAAGGACCUGAGGACUGGUGUAAUAUGCUCAAAUUUUCUGGUUCUAGUCAGAAUCCUGGCAGCAGCAUUCUGGAUGAGCUGCAGCUGUCUAAUGGUCUUCUUUGGAAGGCCGGUGAGGAGACCAUUACAAUAAUCCACCCUGCUGGUGAUAAAGGCAUGAACAAGUUUCUCCAAGUCUUGACUGGAAACAAAACAUCUAAUUCUUGCAAUGUUUUUGAGAUGAUAGUAUGCUGAUUUAGUUACUGCUUUGACAUGACUACUGAAACUAAGGUCUGUCUCCAGAAUUACCCCAAGAUUUUUGACUUGGUUUUUAGUUGAUUGACCCCUAGAGUCAAGGUAUGCAUUCACCUUGAGAACUUCAUCUUUGUUUCCAAAUGCAAUGACUUCAGUUUUCUCCUUAUUUAACUGAAGAAAGUUCUGGGACAUCCAACAGUUUAUUUCAUCAAUGCAUUGGCAGAGGGAGUCAAUGGGGCUGUAGUCAUUUGGAGAUAAGGCUAGGUA